UUCCAGUUUCUAAAAUUUUGUUUAUAACUUUAUACUAUCUAUUAUCACUUUUAAAAAUGUGCAUAUCAUUGAUGUUGACAUAAUCUCCUAUUUGAUUUUCUAUAGUGACUAUAUUUUGACAUUCAUUUUACAACAGACAAAAUAUUUCGAUUCAUCAAUUUCUAAAUGAGAUAAUACGUUCUUUAUCAACAGUAAUUACAAAAUGUUAACUCUGGAUAUAAACAGAACGUCGCAAAGUCAUUUUACUACCUGAAUUCAUUAUUUUGAUUAUAUUUGUAGUUCAAUUAAUACUAGGCAACACACAUAUCACAAGAGUGCACUUUGCUUCGGUUGCCCCGCUCUAUCCUAACUUUUCGUACCUUUUCUUAUCUAUACUUAUUGGGUAGCUUGGUUUUUGUUCAUUAUAAGUAUUAUUAUUAAAAUAAAAUCUCUAUAACCUAUCGUUUUGUCUGUUAUAAAAUAGAAGAAGUAUGUCAAUUGUUCGAGUUUCCAUCUACAUCUAUUUGGAAUAUUCAUGAAUCAUCAAUCAAAAAUAACAUAAGUUUUGCCCAAUUUUGAGGUCGAAAAAUAUUCAGGUAUCAUUAUAUAUUUUUCAAAUAUUUAGCUCGUGAAAUUAUUCUGCUAAAAUCAAUCCAUAUGAUAAGAGCUCUUCAAUUCCAAAAAAAGAAGAAGUAGUGUGACAGUUUUCAUUCUAAUUGUUUAUAUUUUCGUUUUUUGUCUCAAUAAGAAAUAUUUUAACAAAAAUAAUAGUUUAUUCAGACCUAAAGUGAGCAUAUAUAUUUUGUUUAUCAAAAAAUCUGAGUUUAUUAUUUUGUUUAAGAACUAAAUUCAUUACGUGUAAGUAAAUUAUAAACAAAACAUAAUUGUAAUGUAAUGUCUUCACUAAAAUAUAGAAAAACUGGAACGAUCGCUCUAACGCGAGAAACAUCGUUAAACUAAGCCUCCGCGUUGUAAUUUUGUAAAAUUUGUAAAAAUGGUUAAAAGUUGUAGUGCUUAUAAGUGUAAUAACGUGUGGAGCCCAAAUCAAGACAUCCAAUAUCACAGAUUUCCCUUGAAGAACCCCCCUCUUCUAGAACAAUGGAUAAAAGCGGCUAGAUUAGAAAAUUUCACCCCGACACCUCAUACCCUUAUAUGUAGUCAACACUUCAAUAAAGAAGAUUAUUCAGAAUCAACUGCUUUCAAAAAAAGAUUAAAAUCUAAUGUAGUACCUUCGGUAUUUAGUUUUCUGGAGUCUCGGCAAAAUAAAUCUAAUCAAAUAAAAUUGGGCAGAGCUCAGGAUCUUGAUGUGGAGACUAAAAUUAUGGGCUUAGUCGAGGACUCAUCCGGAUUAAUAACCAUGGAUCAUGCAUAUGCAGCACAAAAAAAUGUUGUAGUUAAAAUUGAAAACGAUGAUAGUGAAAUGUUUACCCCCAAUGAAACGAUAGAUUCAAGUUAUAUAAAAUCAGAAGAUAUUUCGAUAAAAAGUGAGAUAAAUGAUGAAGAUACAGAUUUAAAUUCAUCACUAUGUCAAUAUGAAUUUGAUACAGUUCAUAUUAAAAAGGAAGAAUCGCUAGAUACAACUGAACAGAGUGAAGGAGAUAAGAUAAGUCAUGCAUUAGUAAAGGAUGAAUUUGAAAUAACUAAACAAAAAAUUACUAUAUUAACAGAAGAAAAUAAUUUACUAAAAGCUGAAAAUGAAUUAUUAAAAUCAGAAUUGCACCAAUAUUCUGAAUUAAAAGCAGAAACGGUUGAGUUAAAAGAAACAAUUAAGUCAUAUCAAGCAGAAUUAUCGGCGUUUGAUGAUCUCAAACGUUACCAUCAGCAAAUCGAAAAUCAGAUAAUUCGAUUGAAAACCAAAAUGACAGAUUUUUCAGAAAACAUUAUACCUUCCAUGAAAAAAAAUCACUUCAAAGAAGUCCAACAGUUGAAAAAUGAAGUAGAAUCAAAAAAUAAGUCACUAUUGAGCCUCAACAAAGAAAUAAAUAGAUUAGUGAAGUGUAUAAAUAAUAUUAACAAAAAACUGACUUCGGUGAAUGAAACAAACAGGAAUAACUACUUGAAACAAUCUCAUAGAGCAGACGAAUACGAAGCGAAAUGGAGAAAAGCCGUUGAAAAUCAAAAGGACGUGGAAAGUGCGUUGAAAUUACGGGAAAAUGAGCUGUCGAAAACGAAGCAAGAAUUGAGUAACUUAGUUCGAACUUAUACGGCUUUAAUAGAUACGUAUGGGAAUUGUUUGAAACACAACGAAGAAUUGAGAUUGGAUUUUGGUGAAUUGAAAAAAAAAUUUAAUGAUAAAGUUGAAGCAAACAGAAAUUUGCGUGAAGAAUUGAACCAAGCUCAUAAUAAAAUUAGUGAACUAUAUCCUUGUAAAUAUUGUGGAUUGUGAUACUACUCUAUUUCGUUUUGUUAAAAUAAAUGUAUACAAGGAGAAGAGAA